AUGAGCUCCCAAGGUAUGACUCGCAAACGACCUGCUCCCGGAACGGUCCCGACCGGUCAAGCCCAGAUGGGCGCUGUUCCAACCUACUCCCCCUCGAACCCCGGAUCCCAACUAUCCAACGACCAGUUCCUGCAAUGGGGCCAGAACCCUGCCACAAACGCCAGCAAUCCUUCCUCGUUCGCCGACCCUUCUACCUACAACCAGGCGGCAUACGCGACAUCCCAGGAGGUGUCAGCACCAGGCGCAACGCCUUCAAACCAAAUUGCGCGCAGACAAGCAGCAAACCAGCUAGUCAGCCGAAACCGCGGCUAUGAACAAGCCCCAACCGUCUACCAGGAGAACAACGGCCAAGAGGGAGGGCAGUCUGGCGCAUGGGGGGAAUCAUUGGAGGAAUUAUACCAGCGGGCUCUGGCUGCCAAGAGAGAUUCACAGGCAAAGCGAAAACAGAUUCCUCCUUUCGUGCAGAAGUUGAGCAGUUUCUUGGACGAGUCGAAAAAUACUGAGCUAAUUCGGUGGUCUGACGACGGUAAUUCUUUCAUCGUUUUAGACGAGGACGAGUUUGCGAGGACACUGAUUCCCGAACUUUUCAAACACAACAACUAUGCAUCGUUCGUGCGACAGCUCAACAUGUACGGCUUCCACAAGAAGGUGGGGCUUUCGGAUAACUCCAUGCGCGCCAGCGAGCGCAAGAACAAGAGUCCCAGCGAGUAUGCCAAUCCUUACUUCAAACGAGGCCACCCCGAUCUGCUCUGGUUGAUCCAGAAGCCUAAAAACGCGACCGGGCACACCAGCAAGGGUAGUAAGAGUGGACCGCGGGUGAAGACAGAGGAUGCGGAUGAGAAUGACAUGGACGACUAUGUUGAGGAUAGUGGGCCGGCAACCCGAGAUGAGCGUGCACGCCCACGGCAUCUUUCACUGCUCACCGACACUCAGAUGCCCAAUGACCAACUUUCUGGGGUAUACCGUGAGCUGCAGGCAAUUCGUCAGCAGCAGUCGAUCAUAUCGACCACUAUCUCCAGGUUGCGGAAAGAGCAUGAACAGCUCUAUGCGCAGGCCGCCAAUUUCCAAGAACAGCACACUCGACACGAGAACUCGAUCAACGCCAUACUCACAUUUCUCGCCACAGUGUACAACCGCAGCUUACAAGGACAAGAUGGCAACCCUCAAAACCUUGCCAACUCGUUCGCUGGAGCCAUCUCAGGCGAUCAAGGCAACAUCGUUGACAUGGGCGACAACUUUUCAUUCAACCCACUAAGCGGGUUGACAAGCCCUCCUGGACAAAGGACUAUGAAAAAGCAGCCACUGCUCUUGAAGGCGCCCCCAAUCAUCGAUGACAAUGGUCGAGCCACUACACUGUCUCCUGCAGCCAGCAGCUCCUACGAUACCCGGUCCCGCGGUCAUACUCGCAACCCGAGUGCCACAAAAUCCGGACAUGUGGAGGAAGUCCUUGAAAACAGCCCACGACAAGACAAUACGAACCUGCCUCCGGGAGUGCCGUCAGCAGACGACAACGCCCACCAGCGGGAUAUUAUGUCUGUCAUUCAAAAUUCCAAUGCGCGAAACGGCAUCCCAACAAGUUUCUCCGAGUUCCCUAACGUUCUUUCGUCCCUGGAAAAUGCCGGCGGCAACGUACCUCUCACCCCAAACCAGCGUGCUGACAUGCUUCGACUGAUGGCCAACGAAACCGGCUCGGGAGACGCUGGUCAGAGUGCAACGAACAAUGCUCUGACAACGCCGAACCCCCCGCCCAUGCCCCACAACUACACAAACCGCCUCGCAGACACUCGACAAGAAAUCGAUAACCUGGUGAAAAUGCAAGCCGAACAAGAUCGGUCCGUCCAGAACUUGACUCACCUUCUUCAACCAUUAAGCCCGACGGGCGCGAUACCGGGUCUUGACGGUGAUGGCAACGUGCCGCCUCCACCGCUCGACCUCGACACCAUCUUCAACCAGGACUACUUCACGGAUUUCGCCGAUGCAGACAAUGACAAGAAGCACUUCAACCUAGAUGACAAUGCUGGUCAGGUAUUGGGAACGAAUAAGCACGAAGGCACCGUCCAAGCCGAUGAUGGCGACACCAACGAUCUGUUUAAUUUCGACCACAUCCCUGACAAUGGCGAUCUUUUUGAAGGAUCGAACCACGACCAAGGUCAUGCGGGAUACAACUAUGGCUUCGAUGAUGCCCAUUACGGUGCCGACUCGGGCUCGGGAAACAAUGCGAAAUCGGGCCGUGUCAUCGAACAGUUGACCGAUAGUGAAACGACCAGUCCCGCCGGGCCGAAUGAUGAUGGGAAUGGCCUCGACAAUGGAGGCAGUGCAGCGAAGCGCCGCCGUAAGGCCUAA